GAUUGUUCGGAGUUCAUAGCAACUCCACCAAUACUUCUGCUGCCGCCCUCUUGUCAAUAAGGCCUUAUGACUGUUUUCCAAGUCCAGUGCGUGACGGAGUCACGUGGUCCGGUGAAUGUAUCAGCCCAGCGCUCCAGUAUAGCAUCAAGAAGGACUUCACCGGCGCACGCACACAGUGAGAGCGCUGCCUACAGCCAUGCGGGUCUAUCUCAGCGUCGCCGACUAAGCGACGACAUCAUAGGUACUCAUAGUGUCUCAUCUGGUAACACGAUGGCUCUUCAUCCAACUUCACAUCCUCACCUUCCUUCAUCCCACCGACUUUCCCCAGUAUCUUUGUAUCUCUAUCCCUAUCUCUGAAACCCUGUUCCUGCGCAUGAGCAACCCAACAUGAGCCGUCGACCCAGCACCGUCCGCAACAUGGAAUGUCUCCACUGGUACCCGGACAAUUACAAAGUGGCCUAUCACAACCAGCUGAACAUAGCCCAGCUGCACCAGCUCCUGGCGGACGAGGACCAGCACGUCUUCUUCGUCUACGGCUGCCUCAAGCUGCCCACUGUGCUGCGCGCCUACUGCGACCAGCCGGACAGUCUCCAGUUCGCCCGUCGGAUGCAGCCGGCCCGCGCGGUGGGGUACCGACUGUACGAGCGGACCCCCAACGGCGAGCCGAUCAUGGUGUUCACCGGACAGGAUGACGACAUCGUCGAGGGCAUGGUGGUGUUUGCGAUUGACCACGAGGACGCGGUCGCCAUGGUGCGCGGUGAGAACAGCGGGAUGGACGCCUGUCUGAUCGAGAUCGAGGCGGUCAUCAUCGAAGAAGGCUCCGGCGUGGCCGACCGCUGGGUCGAGGUGACCUACGCUCUGAUCGUGUCCGCCUUGGUCUGGACCGGCAGCUUGGAGGGGAUGCACUGGAAGGGGGUCACCGACUGGCCCGUCGACAUGUUCCUGCGCUCGUCGUAUUACGACAGUUUCAGACGUCCCGGCGAGCUUGUCUCGGAGGAGACCAUCGACCCGCUGUUCCGCCUUUAGACUCAAACUCCGGGCUUUCGUGUGCCGCUAUCAGGUGCAACUUCAUUGAUGCGUGCAUGACUCCUGGUCUGAGACGGAGUCUUUCCGAGAGAACUUCCGCAUCUUUUAGUUAACAUUUCUAUCUCCGGUCUGCGACCCAUCUCUUAUCCCAGUGUGACUUUGCAUGGCGUUUGAUACUCAUUUACGAUACGAUGACGACUUGAUGCGCACUCACGAUGUGAUGACACUUCCGAUGAUGAUAACGACAUUGGCACGACCUGACGACUGCUGAUUCUUAGCGACACAUGAUUCUUAUCACAGGACACGACAUGACGGGCAUUCAGGAGUUUUCAAGGUUGCUUGCACUUUUUUUCCUUUGUCUCAUGAUCUAUCCGCUUUCGAGGCCACAAGAACCG